AUGAACAGGCUAGCGCUCAAGCAAAAGUCGGUCGCUUCCGAACUGAUGGACCUCGCACCAGCCCUUGCGAAGCCCGAGGACGAUGUUCCCAUAGUACUCACGUCUAACGCAGUUUACGUUCUGUCUCAGCUCGGUCUCUCGGACAUGGUCAAGAAAGCGCCUCAGUUGGACAAGUGGGAGAUCCGCAACAUGGGAGACCAGGUGAUGGGAGGUCUAGACUUCAAGAGCAUAGCAGAGGAAACUUCGCUCAGGGGCUUCCCGACGAUCUGCAUGCAGAGGAACGAGCUGGUGCGGCAGCUGGUGAAGGCUGGGUCGGCCCUCGACGACAAGUCUGGCAUGAGAAUGGCGUGCGGGAUUAAGUCGCUGGAGAUGAAGCAAGGAAGUGCUCACGUCAGCUUCAGCGCGAGCACAGUGAAGCCGAAGAGCUACCGGAUGGUGGUGGGAGCAGACGGACUAGCGAGUAAGGUCAGAGAGCUCCUCGUCGGGCCGAUAGGAGGCAAGCACGUGCAGAUCAAGUUCCCAGGAUGGGGGAGGUGGAUGUGUACGAUACCGGCAGCACUGUUCCCUCUUGCGUCGGGGGAUAGGACGAUGACGGAGUUCUGGAAGGAGGGGAGACGGAUAGGAUCAUGGCCGUGUGCUGGGGGCAAUGUGGUGUUCUAUGGCACAGUGCUUCAUCCUCGUCCUGCGCCCAUCCCCGACAACCCUCAAGCAAGGAUCGAUGCUUUCUGCAAGGACUUCGAGUUUGUCAAGGAGGAUUUUGGAGGAGCGAUUGAAAGGAUUUUUGAGCAUCUUCACGCCAACAAGAAGAGGAUAGAUCUCAAGCUCGAGUACCCCGCGCAGGCGAUCGAAGAUGCUUUCUCGCUUGCCAACGCCAUCGUCAGCGCUGAAGGCGGAAAGCUACUGCCAGAAGAGGACAUGGACAUAGCGCUGCGAGCAUGGAGGACCGCAAGGAGGUCAAAGGCAGCCAUCGUUGAGCAGGCGUCCGAAGAAUUCCACAAGGCUGCCAAGUCCUUCUCAAACAAGGGGCUGAUGGGAUUCAUCACGAGCCGUCUGGCUCCGGUGGCAGUCAACGAGCGUUCGAUGAAUGCUCGGUUCAGAAAGGUUUACAGGCUAUAG